AUGAAAGUGACUCAGCUGUACAUCUAUCCGAUCAAGUCUCUUCGGCCGACAUCUCUAGAGUCAGGCUUUUUGACAGCAGAAGGCCUACGAUAUGACCGCCGAUUCAUACUCCUCAAGGUCGAAGAUGAAAAGGAUGGCUCUCAGCUGUCGUUCAAGAACAUGCAAGUCGGGAAAAUGCCCGAGAUGAGCCUCUUUCUGACGGCCGUAGACUUGCCCGAGUCUGAGACCGACAGUGGGAAAAUCACGAUCACGUACAACCCUCCAUCCCCCCAAGAUGCUUCAGAUGAUCGACCCAGAGAAUCCAGGCAACUGGAGGUCCCUCUUUUACCAUUCAAAGUAAUGAAAGAGAAACAUUUCAAGAAACUCACAAUCUCCAUGUACUCGAGUUCAACAACAGGAUACGACAUGGGACCCACGUACAAUAAGUGGUUCAGCGAAUGCUUCGGCUAUCCAGUCGUCCUGGCCUACCUGGGUGAGAAUAGACAGGAGUCCUCGGGACCCUGGCCCCCGAGAAGCGCAACAAAAUCCCCCGGUGGAGGCGUGCCCGGGAAGGCUCAUAUGUCACCUGGAAUGGCCGCUGCUGGCGCGGUUGUCGUUCUUACAAGCUGGGUGUUGCUCACAUAUAGGCUGUUCGUGAAGCCUCGGCGUACGCGCAUCACAUUCGCAGACUGUGCGCCGUAUUUGGUGAUUUCGCAGGCUUCUGUGGAUAAUGUCUCAGCCCGGCUGCCGGAUGGACACCAGAUGGAUCCUACUAAAUUCCGACCGAAUAUAGUUGUCUCGGGUGCUGAGGAAGCCUUCGAAGAGGAUUUCUGGACGGAACUAGUUAUUGGCCCGAACAAGGCCCGGUUGCUAUUGACUGGGAACUGUGUACGGUGUCCAAGCCUGAAUGUGAACUAUACCACGGGGAAGAUGAGCGAGGAAGACUCUGGUAUGGUACUGAAGAGACUGAUGAAAGACCGAAGAGUGGAUCGGGGCGCGAAGUAUAGCCCUGUAUUUGGCCGGUAUUCGUUCUUGAAAUGGACUGGGGAAGACAAACCUAUUCGAGUUGGAGACCCGAUUGAGAUUGGAGCACAGGGCAAAGAGCGCACCACUGUUGAUUGGCCUGGUCUAACCAAUUAG